AUGGCGCGGGAGGAGUGCAAGGCGCUGCUGGAUGCGCUCAACAGGACGACCGCGUGCUACCACCACCUGGUACUGACCGUCGGCGGCUCGGCGGACUCGCAGAACCUGCGCGAGGAACUACAGAAGACGCGGCAGAAGGCGCACGAGCUGGCGGUGGCCGCCGGCGCGCGGCUGACGGGCGCGCUGCGCGACAAGGGCCUGGCCGCCGAGGAGCGCGCCGAGUUCGAGCGCCUCUGGGUGGCCUUCUCCGGCUGCCUGGACCUACUGGAAGCCGACAUGCAGCGCGCGCUGGCGCUGGGCGCCGCCUUCCCGCUGAACGCGCCGCGACGACCGCUGGUGCGCACCGGGGUGGCGGGCGCCGCGUCGGCGGUGGCGGCGCGCGCCCUGAGCGCCCGCAGCCUGCGGCACGAGGCGGAGCGCGACUUCGACGUCGCCGACCUGCAGGAGCUGGAGCGCGAGGUCCUUGAGGUGGGCGAGAUGAUCCAAGACAUGGAGAUGAAAGUCAACGUGCCCCGCUGGACGGUGCAGGCCCGGCAGGCGGCGGGCGCUGAGCUCCUGUCCGGCGCCAGCGCCGGCGCUUCUUCGGCCGGCGGCAUGUCGGUGGAGGAGCGCUCCGGACCCUGCGACCCGAGCAAGGCCCUGGCUGCCACCCUUUUCAGCGCAGUGUUGCUGGCUGCCGUCGCCCUGGCCGUGUGCGUGGCGAAGCUGAGCUGACCCACACCCGUCUGCUACCCCGCGUUCUCCCUGGAGACACGACUACGGACGGGCCGGGGGUCCCGCCUGGUCAAGGGGAGAGGCUGUGAGCCCCGAGUGUGCAUGUGUACACGCGCGUUUCAAGCACGCGUCUGCCUGGGUGCGACAUGGUCUGGGAGGAGUUAACUUGGCGCGGGCCGCCGGAGCAUUAGUCUGCGGGAGAUUUAGACCCUAUUAAUAGAAACGGUCGCCAGUCGCCGUCCCAGAUCCUUCCGAGUUAAUGGGUUAAUACGAGUGCCGCUGGGCGUCUUUACGCGGUGCCCAGGUUCGGUGCCCCCCCCCCCCCCGCGCCCUGCCAGCGUGUCCCAUGCUCCGCGAGGGACAGUUUGGGGAAGGCGCUGAGAUGGAGGGAAGCGUGGUGGGGGAGGGAGCUGUUUUGCUCCGUGAGAGUGGUGGCUGUGUUGCCCGGACAAGAAACAAAUCGCCAUGAGAUAUUGUUGUUGUUGUUGUUAUUAUUAUUACCUUAAUCCUUUGGGGCCUAAACUUCGGGGAGUGCAAGCAGUAGGAGUUUGCGCAAAGUGCUUCCUCUAACCGCGCGCUGUUGCGCUUCUUGGCAAGAGCUUAUCCGUUAUGCACUCAGAGCAGGUGGAAGAUGCUUGUUCCUGGAAACCAAGCAGCCCAAGACCCACUGUGUUACACGUGCGUGCGGGAGCGAGCUCACUCCCCCCCUCACCCCCCAGCCAGCCCGGGAUCAGAGGCUUUGGCAAAGCCCACGCGCGUUUAAAACGCACUUUCUCCUUCACAGGGGCUUGUUUUUUUGUUCCACUGCUCGCCCCGCGUGUUUGAUCCUCCUUCGGAGGGGCGCUGGGGAAUCCUCUUUGAAGCACUUAAUCCUGUCUAUCUCCCGGAAUUUGCUUGCCGGCCAACAGAAGAGCCGGCUUUGCAGGGAGCUGCUCAGCUCCCUGCCCACCCCCCACCCCCGCAGGGGGUCAUGUGGCAUUACUGGCCCACAGAUGUUUGAGCCACUCAGCUCCGGGACUGGGAAUUUAAGAAGCUUUUUAUGAAUAGUCAUAUAAAGAAAAGGGCAGAGCCAGCUCACUUACUGUCAAAGGUGUUUUUAAUAAAAGACAUUGGGCCAAUGAGUCAAACACAGCAACUUUACGAAUACCAGUGUACUCAUGAUAUUAAAUAUAUGAAAGCCUCUGUUUACAGUCUACCUUCUGGAAGUCAGAGGUGAUAGCAAACACUGGGACCACGGGGACAGACGACAGAAUAGUUAAGUGUCCCUGCUUCUUUGGAUCAAUAAAUGAGGCAACGUGGGAAGCCUCAGGUGGGGAGUAGCCAGAGCAGCGCUGCCAUUUUACAGCUGGGGGAAAGUGAGACAGAGAACACGGAUGCCCGUGACUUUCAAAGGUGAUGUGGAAUAAAACCCAGAGACUUUGGUUUGGCUGAAAACUGAUAAGGAUUAUUAUUUAUUAUUAUUAUUUAACCCGGGUGUGAGGAAAGGGAUUAAAAGGGGGGACUGGCAGUUUUUCACAAGGGUGGCGGGGCCAAGGCCAGUGGCAGCAGGGGUGCUGUCUGGGUGCCCCAGCCUGAGCACCUCUCCCCACCGCCACCCCAUCCCACCCCACGCCUGCUCAGCGUACAGACUCCAGGACUUCAAACAGGAAAAACUCAGGUUGUUUUCAUGCAUCUCUGAUCAGGCUUUUAAAAGACUCAUGAGGUCUUAAGCGGACUAAAUAUUUUAUAGCAAUAACUAAAAUAAGAAGCUCUUCUUGCCUCGCCCAGUUUGAGGGUGGGGGAUCUGAACAGGGGCCACACUGCCAGGUCCUAGGCACCUGCAAGCCCCGGUUGCCUUUGGAGAGACACAGAAACCUCCUGAACUCCUGUUCCCAUGCACAACACAACCAGCAGUUUGUUCAUCCUUCCCCAGGGUCUCUCUUAGGUAACAGGCUGGGAUAUUCUGUGACUCAGUAUUGGGAAAUAGGCCCAAAGGCCUAGCCCGAAAGGUGUUCUGUUGUUCCUAAGACUGUAACCCGUUCUUGUCAGGUGUUUUGGUUCAUGAAGAAGAAUUGUCCCGCAGAAUGUAUUAAGGACUCAGUCCAUCAGUGUUGUAUAAUCCAGCUGAGACAGACGGGUUUCUCUCCUGUUGCUCUUGGCACCCCCUUGGCAGAUCUGUAGGUAUUUACCUACAAUCAGGUGUGGACCUGACUCUGAGGGUCCUCCUUUCCUGAAAUUAGUGAUGAAAAGUUAACAACAUAGCUGGAUUACAAUAAACAUUCAUACUGCGGCCCUGUUGACCCAAACGACUCUCUGACUUUGAAAAUGGUAAGCACUAGGAAUAUCAGGCAGUGUCUGGAGCCACACUGUUGCCUGAUAGAACUUCUGCUAUGUAACACAAGAAAAAUCACUUUCUGCCUUGUGUAGUAGACUGCUUUCCACCUAGUGUCUCUGUUCUGGUUUCUACAUAGAAUUCUAGAUAUUGCUUCCUGAUAGACAACUGAUUCAACUGGGAUGAUUGACAGCAAAGUUGUUAAUCUUCUGUAAAGAUUUGGUAUGGUCUUAUGGCAUGAUACAAGGGAUAGGGCAAAGCAUUCAAUAUGCAAAGACAAGUAUUGGAAUAUCAAGGCACUGAUUAUCAUGGGAAGAUAAUAGUUUACAAGAAUGAGUUAUGAAUAUUGGUAACAUAGUAUUUGUAGGAGGGGAAAAAGCUAGCAAAUUUUUUCAUGUGUUUUAACAAUUUAUGUUUUGAAAUGCCACAAGGGAACAAUGUCUUUGGUAAAUAAGGUUUACAGUAAUCUACAUAAAGAUGUGUGAUGGUGAAUGACAAGAAAGAGAUGUGUGAUGCUGAGUGACUUACAGGUGUUUUUGGCUGAGGUCGUGUGAGAACCCAAUAAUGUUGCAUUUCCUUUCCAGUGUGCUCGAUUGGUACAUCUUUAGCUACUCAGUUCCUUUCCUCUGCUUUGUGAGGAAUGCUUGGUAAGGAUGAGAACCCCAAACUGUGGGCCUGUGUGUGGGCCCAAGAAGCAAAGUGUUGUAGGACUCCCCUCUGUUCCUUUGGGGGUACUCCUCCCACGAGGCCUGGCCGGCAGUGAUGUGCAGGGGCGUCUGCCUCUCUCUCCAAGUACCUCAGCAGGUCAUGGACCUCCCUGUGCCUCGAACCCCCCAUCUGUGCAAUGGGGGUCCUGACUGGUGAACUCAAAGAUCCCUUCUGGAGCUGAAAACAUUAACUAGAAUGUAGUUCAACAACAGCAACAACAACAAAAGAGUUAUUCUAUUUGUUGGCUUGGUUCUGGAUUCUUUUUGUAAGUUUGUUCAUUGGUUUUGGUGCAUAUUGGAAUACAGUUUUACAGUUUAGGGAUGAUCGUCAUUUUGGUGAAAAAUUAGUACAAAAUUCUUUAACAUUAUGUAAUUUUAAAAAUCAGCAUUGACUACGCUUACUUGAUUUUAGUGCACAUCAGAAUUAGCAAAGGUUUCUAAAAAUUCAGCUGUGUGUAAAUACUACUUAUUUAUAGGGCUUAGAUUAGGAAUUUAAAUUCAGAAUGUUAAGUCAGAUUUCUGUUUUGCUUAGCAGUCAGGCCACCUGAAUGGAUUCUGAGAAGUUACAGAUAUAAAAUCCAUGGGCAGGCAUUGUGGUUUAGUGGACCAGGCUGCCUCCUGGGGUGCUGGCAUUCCAUGUGAGUCCCAGCUACUUCGCUUCCUAUCCAGCUCCCUACUGAUGGGCCUGGGAAAGCAGAAGAAGAUGGCCCAAGGACUUGGGCCCCAGGACCCAUGUUGGAGACCCAGGUGAAGCUCCUGGCUCCUGGCUUCAGCCUGGCCCAGCCCUGGCCUUUGCAGCCGUUUGGAUAGAAACUGCCUCCAUCUCUCUCUCUCUCUCUCUCUCUCUCUCUCUCUCUCUCUCUUUCUCCCCUCUCUCCAUAACUCUGCCUUUCAAAUAAAUAAUAAAUAUUUUUGAAAGAUACGUAUACAACACCCCAUCAUUAGUCCUGGAGGUGACUAAUGGGUGAGCUGCAAUCUGCCUCACGUUGGCCAACAGGAACACAGCCUGAGUUCUUGUGUGUGUGUGGCCUCAGAUUUAAGGUGGCAUUACAGGCUUCAUGUCUACUCUUUUGAGUGAAUGAUUUCUCUGGAAUGAUUAUUAAUAAGUAAAAAAUAAAGAUAAUAUGUAACAUUUAUAACUUAGGGGGGAAAGUACCCUUAAACAAUUUCAGCUAUCAACUUGUGAUUUAAAAAAAAUACUCAUUUUCUCUAUGCACAUUGGAUUGGAAGUGACCCUCAUGAGCCACAUAUUCACCUCACAGGCUUCAUUACAUACACACACGUUCAGAGAUAACCAGGAUUAUAAGACUCUGGGUUUUAGACUCAGCUUCUUAACGCAGGUACGACCCGGGAAGAACAGGUCUCCACACGAAAGCUCUUUGUGCGUGACCAACACAAAUCAAAGCUGUGUUUCAAGCGCCGCUUCCUCUGGCCUGUGGAAAGUGACCAACAGCUGACACCGCAGCCCCGAGUCCCUGAGGUCAGGAGAAGUUUUUGAGAAAAGCUUCCCAUCCCUGACUGAUUUUCCAUCUCAUUCCAGAGGAUUCUGGGUGUUUUCACUGCAGUACUACGAGACCUUGGAUAUCCUUGUGCAUAGUGUUUUAAGUUGAAAAUGUUAAGACCUGAAGGCUUAUAUGACCUAUUUAAAUAAGUUAAACGAUACCUCCCACUGUUGGAAUGAUUUUUAAGGCGUCCUUUUAAUAUGCUGGACCCCUGCGUGUAUGUAUAAGUUAGCAUAUGGAGAAGAUUUAUACGGAAAUACGCAGAAAUGAAAAUAUUUGUGAAGUUGGUGGGAUUAUGAAAGGUGUUUUUUCCAAUAUUUUUAUGUAAUGUAACAUCACUUUUACAAUAAAAUUUUGA